AUGCGGACCCGGCAGAACAGUUUCGUGGCCUUCUUGCUGCUUGUGCAUGUCCUUCUCCCUCUGGUUCUGCAUACCUCUGCCACGGAUGGCCUCUUCAGGAUUAAUCUUAAGAGGAGGCCUCUGGAUGAAAACAAUCGGAUUGCUGCACGGGUGACUGCCAGGGCUACUGAGUCGAGCAGGUCCUCCAUACGCAAGUUUGGAUACCGUGGUACAAGCAGUCUUACAGAUGGUUCAGACACAGAUAUCGUUGCCCUGAAGAACUACAUGGACGCCCAGUACUAUGGGGAGAUUGGCAUUGGCACCCCUCCACAGAAAUUCACUGUAAUAUUUGAUACUGGCAGUUCUAACUUGUGGGUCCCCUCGGUGAAGUGCUAUUUCUCGGUGAGGACAGCCUCUCUACCCCUGGCAGCGUAGUUUGAUAACAAAAAUGACUGUAUUAGACAGAGGUUGUACGCAUUGUAUAUAAAUGGUUUCAAUGAAUAAUUCGCUUUGGAUAGAUGUUCCUCCGUUUUUGUCGCUGGUGAAGAUAUUUCUUAUUGUCUUCUGUAUUUGUUUGCAGGUUGCUUGUUACGUCCACUCCAAAUACAAGUCUAGCCUGUCAAGCACUUACCAGAAGAAUGGUUUGAUUCAGCGUCUCAACCUAGCCCUUAACGUAGUCUUCGUUUUUCUCUUGUACUAUCCGAUUACAGAGCUUUUCAAAUUAGUCUUUGGUUUCUAAUAUUUAUGACUAAAAAAAAUGUAUUUCACUGUGUGAGGUGCUUCUACGUAAAUUGUGAUCUAUGUAGCCAUCAUUAGAAACAGAUAAGUGUUGGUAGGUGAUAAAAUCUGCGCCAAUCCUCUGAUGCACUCUAAGUUUCUCUUAGUGUUACCUUGACAAACAAGAAAAGUGUUUCCUUGAAUCAUGUAGAUUAAGAUGAACUAAACAAGGAGAUUGGUUUACUCUUUCUCCACAAAUAUUUUGCUUAUUCCUUGCUGGUUUGGAGAACAACGGUUUCUUUAGACGGCGUUCGGUUUGUUAUCAAUGUUGUUUUUUAUUAUUAUUCUGUACUUCUGUGGGCAAGUACUACAAUGUGACCAAUAUUGUCUAAAGUCUUCCUCAAUCGAUGCUAACUGUGCUAAUGGCUACAUAAACAUUUAUUGCAUUUUUUUUGGUGUUUACAGUUGUUUUUAUUUUUGUGCUGGAACGUUGUCUGCAGGAAAGCCUGCAGAGAUUCACUAUGGAACUGGCGCAAUAUCAGGCCUCUUCAGCCAAGACUAUGUUAAAGUUGGUGACCUUGUAGUUAAGAAUCAGGUGAAGCUUUCUGAGAUGGUGGGAGUUUCUGACAAAUUAUCAUUGGAACAUUUUUUCUGUUAUUUAGCCUGUACUUCUUGUUUUUAGGUUUUCAUUGAGGCUACGAGGGAACCGAGUGUAACAUUUUUGGUGGGAAAAUUUGAUGGUAUAUGUGGCCUUGGGUUUCAAGAAAUCUCAGUUGGCAAUGUGGUCCCACUAUGGUAUGCCAUUUCCUUUUUUUAUAUUAGAGUUUAUUCUUUGAAUUUUAUCCAAAAAUAGAUGCCUUGCUUAAAUGUUUAGAUAGUUGAACAUUUCUGUGGCCGAGAAGCCUGAUAUUUACAUUAAAAAAAUAUGCAUUGUUUACAUCCAAAGAUAAAGAUAGUGGUUCUUUUCUUCUUUGUGCUCUCUUUAGCAGGACCCCAAAGUUAGCUUCAUACGCUGGACAUUGUGUGGCCAAUAAGAAAUUAUAUAUUUACAAACUUAUAUUGACACUUCUUUCUCUUCCGACAAGAAGUAACCUUCGUUAGCUAUUGCAUCGUCUUAUGCACCCCAUCAUGGCUCUUUGUUGAAUCCUUGGGUCCAUUAUCAAAGGCAGUCUGAUGAGAAGGUGACAGUAGUUGGAGCUGAUGAUUGAAAUGAUUUCGAUUCUGAUUUUCUAUUCUAAGUAUACAGACGGAAGAUUGUUUUAAGUGUCUUUGGGUACUAUAUUGCUCAUUGAAUGAGGUAAACGAUGAUAUUAGUCUCAAGAUUCUUUAGUUCAACAUAAAACUCAGAGCUGACAAGCACACAUACGAGGUACUGAGUUAUUCAUCUUAGUUUAUAAAUGUUGAAGUUUUCAAUCCCUGUGGUUCCAUCAUACAUCUGCGACAUCUUGUUCAGUUUUUUUUUUUUUUUUCAUUCUCUGGAACGCAUUGUGACAUGUUAUCGCUUGGAUCCUAAUUGCUUAUUCUGCAGGUAUAACAUGAUCAGCCAGGGCCUUGUGAAGGAACCUGUCUUCUCUUUCUGGUUCAAUCGAAACGCUGAUGAUGAGGAGGGUGGUGAAAUCGUAUUUGGUGGGGCAGACCCUAAUCACUACAAGGGAAACCACACUUACGUUCCGAUUACUAGAAAAGGUUACUGGCAGGUGAAGCUCCCAAUACAUAUCUUAUCCCACAUACAGCUUGACACGUUAUAUGUUCCUCUCCCUAAUUCGAUUUCAACGUUGGAACUCGUUGUUGCAGUUUGACAUGGGAGAUGUUCUCAUUGAUGGGCGUUCAAGUGGUAAUCUAUUAAAUUAAUCUCUGCAAGCUUUUAGACUCAUGUGCUUUAUGAUUUAAAUUUCAGUUCUUUGUGUUCUUCGGGUUCUGUGCAUUCUUUCUGUCUCCAGGGAUCUGCUCAGGUAGCUGUGCCGCCAUUGCUGACUCUGGAACAUCCUUAAUUGCUGGACCAACUGUAUGUACAACAUUUAAAACUUCAGUUAAUUACGUGGUCACUUUCUUUGUUUCAUUAUUUUAAUGUGAAUGAGAAGAAUUCAUGGGCACUAGACUGUUUAAAGGAUUGAUUCUUCCUCAUCGUCCCUCAUUGUACAGUUGGCCUGAUCUAUUCCACACAAAAUAAUUUAAAUUGAUUCAGUGAAAUCUGCCCGAUCUUGAUCCACAGUGGUCAGCUCUUUUGAUCAUCAUCAUAACGCUUUUACUACAAUCCGUGAUUGGGUAGGAUUUCAAUGGUCUACCACCAUCUUUUCGAUAUGCUGCAUCACCUGAUUUCGAUAAUAUAAUGGAUGGUUUAAAGUACAGCAAACUUUCUAUGACAAUUUCAUCGUAAGUUCCCAUAGAAACUGUAAGGAUCGAUGAUUACGUCUUCCUCAAAUGGGAUUCAUCUUGGGAGCCUAAAUCUGGAAUAUCCGGCAGUCGUCCGAUUCUGUAGUGAAAAUAUGUCUAUUUGGCUUCGACUCUGUCUAAUGCGGGACUAUGAGGCAACUGAUAUUUUUGAUUGCCUUCUGAACCAUUUGGGAAAAUUUUCUGAUCAAAUUCUUCUUACGGGUUGAACUCCUCUUAAAAAAAUCGACCCUUGUAACUUCUGCGAGAGUUCUCAUCUCCCAUUCUCUCAUAUCCCGACAAUAACUUGCCCAUUUAGGGAUCCAAGUUAACGUACCGGGAUGCGAUAAGUUGAGCCUCUUAAUUUUUUUAUUCGAAAGCUAUAGACAAAUCUGUGCUUUCCGGUCACCUCCAAGGACGCUGAUAAUACGAAUUCUGUGUGUGCAGGCAACAAUUGCUGAGAUCAACCAUGCCAUUGGAGCUUCUGGAAUCGUCAGCCAGGAAUGCAAAACGGUUGUUUCCCAAUACGGGAAGACCAUAUUAACACUCUUGCUUUCAGAGGUAUUUGUAGACUAUCAUCUACUUAGCUUCUAAAAAACAAGAUAUAGAGGACCACGAUUUAUUUAUUGAUCAUGAAGAACUAUUUCCAGAGGCAACCAAAGAAAAUCUGCUCUCAGAUUGGUCUCUGCGCCUUUGAUGGCACCCGAGGUGUCAGGUGAGGAUGACCCUCGGCUCAUCAAUUGGCUUCACUCAUCUUUCUUCUCAUCCUAUGUUCUUUCCUUUUAUUUAUUUAUUUAUUUCCUUGUAUAGCAUUGGUAUCGAGAGCAUAGUCACUGAGAACGACGGGUCAGCCGUUGGAUGGGGUGACUCCAUGUGUUCUGCCUGUGAGAUGGCCGUUGUAUGGAUCCAGAGUCAACUUAAGCAAAACCAGACUCAGGAACGCAUCCUGAGCUACGUCAACGAGGUAAGCUGUUCUUGAAUGGUCUUCUCGUUCAGCAGUUGUCUCUGUGCGCCGUUUCUCAUGUGUGGAGCUCCAUGUAGCUGUGUGAUCGGCUGCCUAGCCCGAUGGGGGAAUCAGCCGUUGACUGCAGCCGUCUCUCAUCCAUGCCGAGCGUCUCUUUUACCAUCGGUGGAAAAGUAUUCUCUCUGAAAGCUGAGCAGGUAUUUUGAGAUGUCCCUCCAUCUCUCUCUCUCUCUCUCCUCCCCUCCUCCCCCCUCUCUCUGGGCUCCAUCUCCUCCGGGUACUCCCCUCUUCCUCCCUCCCUCUUUCUUCUCCCUUCUUCUUGCACUCUUCACCUGUUCCCUCUCCCUCCGUCCUCUCACCCUCUCGCCCAUUUCCUCUCCCGCUCUUCUGGGCACGCUCCUAUUCCGUCCUCUACUUCUCUCUCACACUUGCUCGUUUCUCCCCUCACACUUCAGUCAUUUCUCUCUCGAUCGUGCUGUGUGGACGUGUGAUUGGAUGGCUCUCUUCUCCUCUUCUCGCUCUCGCUCUCGCUCUCCCCCUCCCCCGCCCUGCUAAUCACCAGUUGUUCUUCUCGACGAGUAAAUAUUCUCCACCCCCCAAAUAAGGACGCAUGCUUUACAUGGGCUUUGGGGGAUCUCAUGCCUUGAUCUUCCACAGAACGACAGAACCUUCUGUUGUCACUCUGAUGCUCUUCUUAUUGUUUUUUCUUUCGUGGAUCAGUACAUCCUCAAGGUCGGCGAUGGGCCUGCCACACAGUGCAUAAGUGGAUUUACCGCUCUGGAUGUCCCCCCUCCUCGUGGUCCUCUCUGGUAAUUUCUUCUCUCUCUCUCUUUCUCUCUCAUCUCCUGGUCAUCUUCUCUCCUUGGCCGCUUGAGAGGGCAGCCUCAAUGAAUGGUGUUUAGAGAUUUCAGAACCCAUUUUACGGCCUCUCGUCCGAAUGGUAGUUCUGACUUCAGAAUCCUCCUGUUCUUAUCCUAAACUAUAUUAUGUACGUAUUUUUUCUUUUUUUAUUACCAUUUCGUACAUUUCUCCAUGCUUUCUUCAAUAAUCAUCAAACUUCAAGUGUUAUUUUUUACUAUGUUGAAAUAUUAUGACGUAUUAUCGGUUAGGCAGUCUAUCUCCAUAAAAUGGCAAACCUUUAUUUGGAUAUUUUUUUGAAGAAAAAGCUUUCCUGCGUGGUAAUGUUUCAUUAUUGGCGGUUUUCUCUCUCUAGAUUACUAAUUCUUUCGUCGCAAGUAUUUUCGGAGCGACUUCUGGUUGUUACCAAUGAUCUUCCGUCUCCAUAUUAAUUUUAAUUUUAUUUGAGAUCGACAGGAUAUUGGGCGAUGUGUUCAUGGGAGCCUACCACACCGUCUUCGACUACGGUAACAUGAGGGUGGGCUUUGCCCAGGCUGCAUAG